GCGCUGCUGGCGCCGAGGGCCGCGCGUCCCUGGUGCGCUGUGCGCUUCUCCAGCGUGGCCAGGGGUGACCCUCGCCUCUCCGCCGCCGUCUUCUUCCUCCUACGUUCCUUCUCCCGCCGGGGUUCUUGCGAGGCGUCCUUCUCUCGCCUCCCCCCCCACCCCCCGCCCAGCCUCAGAAGGGCUGGAGAAGCGAGCCUCGUUUAGACUCCAGGCAUGUAGGGGAGAGCUGUGAGAUCACCCGGGUUAUAAAUAUCUCCGUGCCAGCAGCUCCGCGCUCUCGGAUCGCGCUCUCCCUCCAGAGGGCCGACGAUGCCUUCCCUGCGCGCCGGAGCGCACGCCCGUUUGCCCCAGAGGUGCCGCGGCAUUCGCAGCCGCCUCCGCAAAAUGCCCUGCGCGUCCCUCCCGCUGGAAGAAUGAGCUUGUCUUUCUUCCUCUGCCUUCUCUUUCUCAGCCACCUGAUCCUCCUCGCUUUGGCACAGAAGGAGACGUUGCCCCCCAGAGCGCAACUUGGAGACGCGGCUUUGCGUGCCAAAAGCAGCAGCAGAAGCAGGCUUGGAAGUAGGAAUACUUCCUCCUCCUCCUCCUUUUCAGCCCCUUCCCCUUAUUUCGCCCCCUCUUCGGGAGUUCAAGGCAGCGGUUCCGAAAGGAGCAGUUUCCAGUGGAGCCCAUCCGGGCGCAGAACCGGCAGCCUCUAUUGCAGAGUGGGCAUCGGUUUCCAUCUCCAAAUCCACCCCGAUGGGCAUGUCAACGGCUCCCACCAAGGCAGUAUCUUAAAAAGAACUGAUCCUUAUGCGGAUUCAGAGCCAGCGUUGUUCACCUUCAGCACAAAUGGCGGCAGCAGCGGCAGCCUCAGCAACCCGGAGGCAGCCUGA